GACACAGUGACCAUACAGUCGAGUAGUCGAGCUCAAGAAUUCAGUGUGUAUCGGACUCUGCGACAAUUUCAUUCGGCGAGCACGUGUCUUGUACCAAGACGAGAUCUUUAAGUCGCAUGUGCGCCUGUUUUCACACGGAUUAUCGUUGAUCGAGCAAAAAAUCGGAAGGCCGGUCCAUUAAUUUACUUAAAAAUCAUCGCCGAACAAUUUUAAAAAAUUCCGCGUUCUGUCUCAACGAAACCAUUGACGCAUCGAAUAUUUAACAUAUUCCGAAGUACAUAUCUCAACGUGACGAAGGUCAAGAUUUUACGACGUGCUGAGACAUUAAUACAUAAUUUCUACACGGUUUUUAAUUAUUUGUUAUCUAAUUCACGAUGAAUCAUGGAAAGGGUUUCAAUCCUGCUUCAACACUUUUUGGAAACUAUAUUCAAGAUGUUCAAGAAAAAGAACAUGAUGCAGACGCAGUUAAUAAGACGUCGAAUCAAUUUACAUGGCAAUACGUCAGAGCUCGUUAUUCGGACCCUGGAUCACCGGUUACCGGAUCUUCAGGAAGCAGUAUAAAUUCUCAGGGUUAUGGUCACUCACCUGAAGACCUGAGCAUUGAUUCUUUAAUUAACAGUCUACUGAAAGUUGUAAAUGUUGAUAAUUUUAACGGGCCGACUUCUAGACAGUACUCCUACGCCAAGGACUGUGUAGAUACAAUUGGCGACUCAUAUACCCCUGGUCAAACUGCAAAUCCAGGAGACGCGAACCACGAAGAUGGGAACAAUGCGAUGCACUCUGAAAUCCCAUCUCCUCCGGUCAUCAAUACGUCGUCCUUGACUCUGUAUUGCGAUAUACAUCGCGAUGCUCAAAAAUUUUAUUGUCAGACGUGCAGUAUGCCCUUUUGUAAUGACUGUGGAAUUCAGCAUCAUCCGGGCCAUAUUACAGUCAAUUUAAUGGAGGCUGUCGAAGGUGCAGAAAUACAAGCGAGUGAGGUACUAAAAGAAGCUCGACUUGGGAUCUCAACGCUCACCGACGAAUUAGAUUCUGUACAGGUGGCCGCUGAGAUCUUGGAACAGAAAGCAAGGCAAGCAACUACAGAUUUGAUGCUGUGCACGAGAAGGGUGGCUGCAGCUUUAGAAGCCAGAGAGCAAGAGUUGUUAGGUAAAAUUGAGAAAGCUAGGCAGCUGAAGCAUUCUGCGCUCAAAGCAAGGAACGACGGACUUAAGAAUGGAAUAUCUCGACUAACGUGUGCUGCUAAUAAACUCAGUGAAGCAAUGGAGUCUAAAACGCUUUCUAAUGAUCCACUAAUUUUGUUACUUACUAAGGACAUGGCUUCGGCUGAGGUCUUCCAGAUACGCCAGAGCCGACAAUGUCUUCCCUCGCAAGAAGAAAAUUGGAUUUCUUUUAACGGCUUGGAAGGAAGUAUACUUAAUGCUAUCGCGAAUUUAGGAACUGUCAUAGUAAAUAACCCGGGUCCCAUAGGUGACCGUCGAGCAGUGAGAGGUCGAGGAAAUUCGCCGCCGCAAUCAUUUCUUAGACAAGUAGCUUGCGUUAAUUCUACUUCCUUACCCCGAGGAAGACCAGUCGCUUCGAAUAGUUUUCCUGUUACUGUUAGAAUAAAUCGUGGUACAGAAUUGUCAGGAAAGUCAACAAAGCCGUUUAAAAUUCUUGGAAACGACGGCGACGUGCAAGAUAAUCUUUGUCGACCAUGGGGUAUAGCAUGUGAUAGAGAAGGACAUAUAGUGAUCGCUGACAGAUCGAAUAAUCGUAUUCAGAUAUACGGACAAGACUUCAGUUUCUUAAGAAGAUUCGGUAGUCAUGGCACUGCGCCAGGACAAUUUGAUCGUCCAGCUGGCGUAGCAGUUGAUUCAAGACGUCGCAUAAUUGUAGCUGAUAAGGAUAAUCAUCGUGUACAGAUAUUGACAAUGGAAGGCCUAUUCCUUCUAAGUUUUGGUGAUAAGGGAUGUCGAUGUGGACAGUUUAACUACCCAUGGGACGUAGCAGUAAAUUCUGAAUGUCAAAUAGUUGUAUCUGAUACAAGAAAUCAUCGUGUGCAAUUGUUUAGUCCAGAGGGUGUGUUUCUACGAAAGUACGGGUACGAGGCAGCACCGAAUAUGUGGAAGCACUUCGAUUCUCCGCGUGGAGUAGCGUUUAACCCAGAAGGCAAUGUUGUUACAACAGAUUUUAAUAAUCAUAGAGUAGUAAUUAUUGAUGCUGAUUUUAUGCAUGCUAGAAUAUUCGAUUGUAAAUGUACAGACAAUGCAAAACAGUUCCUAAGACCACAAGGUUUAGUGAUCGAUGACGAUGGUAAUAUUAUUGUAGCUGAUUCUAGAAACCAUAGAAUACAAAUAUUUGAUUCUACUGGUAUAUUAAAAUGGAGAUUUGGUACCUUCGGAAAGGGUGAAGAUGAAAUGGACAGACCAUCGGGCAUUGCUUUGCGUCCCGAUGGUAGAAUUGCACUUGUAGAUUUUGGUAAUAAUCGAGUCCUUAUUAUUUAAAUUAGUUCAUUCAUUUAUAAAUAAGAUUUUAUACACGUUGAAUGUCCAACAGUGAUGAAAAAAAUAAAAAGACAAAAACAAAAUAAAACGUUGCUGUUUUCCUCGAUUUUAGUAAUAAGCGUGUGACGCUAAAACUCAUGGAACAAGCGUUAAAUGCAAUAUUUUUUUACUUAUUGUACAUAAUAUGGAUAACCGCGUAAGGUUCCUUUCAUACUUUGAGUGCCAAGCAAUAAGUACAAAAUGAACUUUUUGUUCUGAAGUCAUAUCGUUAUAAACGUGUUACAUAAAAAGAGAUUAUUUUGACAUUAUUCAUAUACAAUUACCCAUCUCUGUAAAUUUGUGGUGCGGGCUGAAGAAAUGAUAAAUUUGAGAAGUAUUACUUUAGUAUUAUAACAAAGAAUUAUAUUAAAUGAUAUAGAGUAACUUAUAGUCUAUGUCUUCGAAUUACGAUACUAUAUUUUAUCUAUUUAUGUAACGCAGUUACAACGUAUUUCUAUUAUUUUAUCAGACGACGAUUGCGUAGAAAAGGCAAAAUAUAUUGAUAUUAUUACAUGUGGACAAUGACAUUCUUUAUCCUAAUACAAUAGAAACAUGCAGUAGAACUGAAAAGAUGAAAGUAAUGCAAUAAAGCAAUGAUCAAGAUGACAACGGUAUUGGAAAACCAACAUUUGUUGGAACAGUAGAAACCUAGAACGGUGUCCUAUAUUUUUUUCGAUAGAACCAUCAAGAACGUCAAUUUAAUUAGUGCAAAAUUUAAAUUAAAUUUAUUGUCACACUUUCUAGCUAUAUCAAACUUCGUUCUAUGUUUGCUUGUAUUACUUCACAUAAAAAUACACUAUCGAUCGAGAGUAAUGUAUGUUAUACAAAUUUUCUUAUUACUCAAUUAAAGAAAUAUUUCUUUCCUUCUUUUACGUGUACGGGUACCUGCCGAACGAAAUUCAAAAAGCGAAAUGAACAGCAUACAAUAUUAUUGUGACCACUGUCAUAAAAUCCUGUAUAUUUAUAUAAAUUAAUGAUACUACUGCCUCCUUUUAAAUAUACAAGGAGACUAAAAUGCAAUUUGAUGUUAGCAUGUAUGCAUGGUCGUUGUACUUAAAAGUUUAUUUAUGAAUGUAUGCAUCCAAGACGGAAAGAAUUGUACGUAAUAAGGAGGAAAAUCACGAAAAAUAGUUUUAAAAACUGAUACGAAAGAUAAAAAUAAAAAAGAAAUCACACGAAG